AUGUUCAACCCCCGGUUCCUAGUCGUCAGUCUAGGAAACCCGCUUCCCAAGUACGAGAGCCUACACUCGGCCGGCCAUUUCGCGCUCAACGGGCUUGCUAGAGUGGUCGGCCAGCCGGCAUUUCGCGAAGUGGUGUUGGGACGGCAGGCUUGCCUGACGUCGCGCGGACCAAAGUACACGCUCGUGCAGUCGCCAACGCUCAUGAACGUCUCGGGCCCGUUCGUCGCCCGAGCUUGGCAGGAGAUGGUCAAGGACAGCAACUCGGCGGCGUCCCUCAGCCUCGUCAUCGUGCACGACGAGCUCGAACGAGAAUUGGGCGACGUGAAGCUCGUCUCAUGGGAUCGCAGCCCGCGAGGUCACAAUGGCGUCAAGAGCGUCAAGAAAUCUCUGUCGCAGGGUCGAUACCCCCUCUCGCCCUUUGCGAGGAUCGCCGUCGGCAUCGGUCGGCCGGAGCAGAGGGACGCGGCGACGGUGAGCCGGUACGUGCUCGACAAGAUCUCGGAGGAGCAACGGAGAGUGUUGGAAGAGGUCGCUCCAGCCGACGUUGCCGAGCGCUUGGUCGAGCUCGAAGCCGAAUGGAGGAGCGAGGUGCAGUCAUGA